UAGCUCCCCCUGGCCUCAGGCGCAGCUGCUUGUGGGGGGGAGGAGUUACCGCCGCUCUUCGGUACGUCGCCUUCGCCCCUGGUGCCCAGUCGGCAAUGAUGGCAGUGACCUAAAAUCCUCAGGAAGCCCCGGGGUCAUGGCCCAGAAGCACCCGGGAGAAAGAGGGUUGUGUGGAGUCCACCACAGUGGUGGUUCCUCCCUCAUUACAUCAGGAUCCUCUGUGGACCCCGAAAUACUUUCAUUCUCAGGACUCAGGGACUCGAAAGAGACUGCUCCUAAUGGUACACGCUGCCUCAAAGAGCACUCCGACCCUAAGUGCACACAACCUCCAAACCCAGCCCACUGGUCGGAUCCAAGCCAUGGUCCUCCAAGGGGUCCAGGACCACCUAGAGAAGGAGGCUACCCUGAUGAGAGCGAGACAUGUUCGGAAGAGUCAGGAGUGGACCAGGAACUCUCAAGAGAGAAUGAGACUGGGUACCAGGAGGAUGGGAGUCCUUCUUUUCUUCCCAUUCCAUCUGCUUGUAACUGCCAGGGAAGCCCUGGGGUCCCUGAAGGGACUUGUUCUGAGGAAGGAGACGGCUCUUCUAGCAGCUUUUGCCACCACUGCACCUCUCCAGCCUUGGGGGAAGAUGAAGAGUUAGAAGAAGAAUACGAUGAUGAGGAACCUCUUAAAUUUCCCAGUGAUUUUUCACGUGUGUCCAGUGGAAAGAAACCCCCGUCCCGAAGGCAGAGGCACCGUUUUCUGACCAAGGAGGAUGUUCGGGACAGUGGACGCAGAGAUCCCAAGGCCCCAGGCCGUCAUCGGCUGGCCCGAAAACGAAGUCAGACAGAUAAGCGCAGAGGCCUGGGACUGUGGGGAGUAGAGGAACUAUGUCAGCUUGGACAGGCAGGCUUCUGGUGGCUGAUUGAACUGCUGGUAUUGGUGGGAGAGUAUGUGGAAACCUGUGGCUAUCUCAUUUACGCAUGCAGGAAGUUGAAAGGCAGUGACCUGGACCUUUUCCGAAUCUGGGUGGGGGUCUGGGCCAGGAGAUUGGGGGGCUGGGCCCGAGUGAUGUUCCAGUUUCUAAGUCAGAGCUUCUUCAGUGUGGCAGGGCUGUUCAUCCGUUUGCUUAGGGUAGUGGGUGCUUUCCUCCUCCUGGCUCUAGCCCUCUUUUUGGGGUGUCUGCAGUUGGGCUGGAGGUUUUUGGUGGGACUGGGCGACCGGCUAGGCUGGAGGGGUAAGGCCGCUUGGCUGUUCUCGUGGCUGGAUUCUCCAGCCUUGCAUCAUUUCUUGACUCUGCUGAAAGAUAGCAGACCAUGGCAGCAGCUGGUGAGAGUAAUUCAGUGGGGCUGGCUAGAGCUGCCCUGGGUCAAGCAGAGGACUCAGAGGCAGGGCACUGCCCAUGUAGCUAGCGGGCGAUACUGCCAGCCUGAAGAGGAAGUCGCCCGACUCUUGACCAUGGCAGGGGUUCCUGAAGAUGAACUAAACCCUUUUCAUGUGCUGGGGGUUGAAGCUACAGCAUCCGAUAUUGAACUAAAGAAGGCCUAUAGGCAGCUAGCGGUGAUGGUGAGUAUCCUUUGCUUCUUCUUGUUUCUCUUUUCCCAUAUUUUCUGUUCCAGGUUUUAGGGAGUGUAGAGUUAAGGGAAGGUAAGCAGGAGGCCAACUUGAAGCUGGAGGCUUCCCUUCCCUUGUUUUGUUUUGGAGGUGGGGUUUCAUUUGUGAACAGCCAGACCUGGAACCCAUGCUUCUCCUGGCUCCAUCUGUGAGUGCUGUGACCUACAGGUUCUGCCACCAUGCCUAGCUAAGGGGCAUAAGACUCUUAGCAAAGAGUCAUAAGGCCGUUUCUCUGACUAGGAAUCUGACUUUUCUCCAUCUUAAGUCUUUUGUCAUGAGGUCUUUUUUGGGGUGUGGGGGGCAUGUAAUAUAAAAGGAAGGGAUUGACUUACACUGCUACAGCUAAGUGAAGCUCCUUUACUUAGGGUAGGGAGGAGCCUAGUCAGACAGUCACUUAGUCGCUGUCACCUGAACAAAGGGAUACUUGUUUUGUUUUGGGGUACGGCUUUGCUGUGUAGCUCCAGCUAGCCUUGAAUUUGUGAUCUUCCUGCCUUUGCUUUGGAAAGGCUGGGCUUACACAAUAGCACCAUGAAUGGUAAAAGAGGAGUUUAAAGAAACUAUCUCUUUUAAAAAAAGAUUUAUUUAUUGGUUUUAUGUAUGUAAGUACACUGUCACUGUCUUCAGACACACUAGAAGAGGGCAUCAGAUCUCAUUACAGAUGGUUGUGAGCCACCAUGUGGUUGCUAGGAAUUGAACUCAGGACCUUUGGAAGAGCAGUUGGUGCUAUUAACCACUGAGCCAUCUCUCCAGCCCCCAAGAAACUAUUUUUAAAAUAAAACAAAAACUUUUUACCGAUUCUUUGGAAGUUUCACAUUCUGUACCCCAGUCCCACUCAUCUCCCUGUCUGCUUUUACAAACUUCCACCUAAAAUAAAUACACACACACACACACACACACACACACACACACACACACACAGAAAACAAAACAAAGCACAGAGAAUGUCUUGUCGUGGAAGCUGUGUCUUCACAGUGUCCAACAGUAUAUCCUCUGGCCACACAUCUUCACGUAAGAGUUCAUGGCAGUGAGUUUGGUUUGCGGUCUCUGACCUCUCACCCGGACUCCUCUGGGUUAUCCUGUUGGCCCAGUGUCAUGGGGACACUGCUGCUUUGGACCAGCAGGAUCAGCCUUUUUGUGUGCUCCAAUAGUUCAUAGAUGAUGGGGAUUUUGGGGUGGAUCAACUCAAAGUCCUGCAUCUGGGCCUGCAUACCGCCCAGGUACCCAGGGCCUUUGUUCAUACUGUGUGGCUUGGACCUCUGUGUGUCUGUGGCCCACCAGUGCUGUCUGGUGGAGGGCAGCUUUCUGUGCAUCUUUCCUGCCUCUACAUGGCAGUUAGCAUGUCUCUGGAUGUCUACUGACAAACCACUGCCAUCAGCACAGUCCUGGGAUACUGUGAUGACUUCCUUGUCAUUGACCUCAGCACAGCAACCAGAGGUCCCAGCCCAAGGCAAAUCAAGAAGAAAUGAUUUUUUUUUUUUUUAAUUUUUUUUCGGGGCUGGGGACCGAACCCAGGACCUUGAGCUUCCUAGGCAAGUGCUCUACCACUGAGCCAAAUCCCCAAUCCCAGAAAUGAUCUUUUUAGGUUUGCUUCCACACAUGUGUAUACACCACACGCAGCCUGGUACCCAAACUGAUCAGAAGAAUGUGGAUCGCUUGGAGCUGGAGUUACUGAUGGUUGUGAGCCACUAUGUAGGAACUAGUACUGAACCUGGGUCCUCUGCAAGAGCGUCAAGUCUUUUCAUCCCCUGAGCUACCUCUCCAGCGCCAAAGGGAGAGUUCUUUUUUUUUCUUUUUUUUAAAGAUUUAUUUAUUUUAUGUAUAUAAGUACACUGUGGCUGUCUUCAGACACACCAGAAGAGGGCAUCAGAUCUCUUUACAGAUGGCUGUGAGCCACCAUGUGGUUGCUGGGAAUUGAACUCAGGACCUCUGGAAGAGCAGUUGGGGGCUCUUUUUUUUUUUUUUUUAUAAAAUAUUUAUUUUAUGUAUAUGAGUACACUGUAGCUGUCUAAAGACACACCAGAAGAGGGUAUCAGAUCUUAUUACAGAUGGUUGUGAGCCACCAUGUGGUUGCUGGGAUUUGAACUCAGGACUGUCGCGCGCCCAAUGUCCCGCCAGCAAGAACGACGCGUGGCAACAGGAUUCUUCUGCGAGCAAGCCUUUACUGUGUUACAGCUCUUCUUAGUGUUACAGCUCUCUUGAACAGGGACUCCGAGCAGCAAAAUCGCUCGGCUUAUAUAGACAACAGUAUGCUAAUUAUCUCUCAGGGAUUGGUGGGGCUUGGAUCACCCCACUACUUGUCCUCCAGGGAUUGGCGGAGAAUGAAUCACCUCAUUAGCAUAUUAACAGUCAACUAACACCUGGUGAAUAAACCGCACAUGUGCAGUACCGCUGUUCACCACUAGAGGGAGCCCUAGCAAGGGGACAAGCCUGCACAUGCGCAGUAAGUCGUUUAUAUCCAGACAAGGCUGGAUGUCGGCGCCAUCUUUGUUUCGCCGCGCCGCUCUCUACACAGGACCUCUGGAAGGACCAACUGAGCCAUCUCUCCAGCCCCAGUUGGGGGCUCUUAACCGCUGAGCCAUCUCUCUCCAGCCCGAGAUUUCUUACCAUGGAGAAAAUCUGUCUCUUCCUGGAGAGGCAAGUGUAGACCUAGUGUGGGAGUGCUCAGAAUGUGCAUGUGAGUUGUUAUUCCAGGACCAGGAAGAAAACAGCUUCCAUUUUCUCGUGGUAUUGGGGACGGAGUCCAGAGACUUGUGCAUGCUAGGCAGGUGUUCUCCCACUGAGGUCCAUCCUGAUAAAAAUCACCAUCCCCGGGCUGAGGAGGCCUUUAAAGUUUUGCGGGCAGCUUGGGACAUCGUCAGCAAUCCAGAGAGGCGGAAGGAAUAUGAGAUGAAACGGAUGGCAGAGAAUGAGCUCAGCCGCUCGGUGAAUGAGUUUCUGUCGAAGCUACAAGAUGACCUCAAGGAGGCAAUGAAUACGAUGAUGUGCAGCCGGUGCCAAGGGAAGCAUAGGAGGUUUGAAAUGGACCGGGAACCCAAGAGUGCCAGAUACUGUGCCGAGUGUAACAGGUUGCAUCCUGCUGAGGAAGGAGACUUCUGGGCAGAGUCAAGCAUGUUGGGCCUCAAGAUCACCUACUUUGCACUGAUGGAUGGGAAGGUGUAUGACAUCACAGAGUGGGCUGGAUGCCAGCGUGUGGGCAUCUCCCCAGAUACCCACCGAGUUCCUUACCACAUCUCAUUUGGUUCUCGGGUACCAGGCACCAGCGGCCGACAAAGGGCCACUCCAGAGUCCCCUCCUGCUGACCUGCAGGAUUUCUUGAGCCGGAUCUUUCAAGUACCUCCAGGGCCGAUGUCCAAUGGGAACUUCUUUGCCGCACCUCACCCUGGCCCUGGGACUACUUCAACCUCCAGGCCCAACAGUUCAGUACCCAAGGGAGAAGCCAAACCUAAACGGCGGAAGAAAGUGAGGCGGCCCUUCCAACGAUGACACCCCUUCUCUUCCUUCUUCAGUCAAUGUCAGGGAGUCAAAAGGGCUGUGUACAGCGCAGGAUGGAGUUUGAUUUAUUUUAAAAUACUUUAAAAAGGGAAACAUUUUAAAUUGUUCACUCAGUACUUAGAGGAAGCCCAUGACCUCUUCUCCCCCUUCCCCAACACCCAGGAACGGAAUCUUGUUUUCUGACAAUACCAAAGAAAUAGGAGGUGGCUAGAGCAAAGACUAAGGGUCUGGACCUAGUCCAGACAGUGCGAUUCUGAGGUGUGGGAACUGGGGACUUCUCUGGGGUCUGUACGCCUUUAUCUUACCAUCUGCUCUCAGAGCAGGUGAGACAUGCCCCCUUUAAAUGAGUGUAUCUUAUUUCUUAACCCAUUGCAGGGUCAACCCUCCCACCCCCUUUAUCCUGUUACACUAGCUAAAAGAAAAAGCAUGUAGCCCUAAUUUUGGAGAUACAGAACUCAAGAGUGGAAACUGAUUUUUUUCCUCUGACUUUCACUUUAUGGGUAAGCCACCUAACUUCAGGCUUGUUGCAAGGAUGGCCAAAAUUAAUUUUUAAAAAGCAGAUUUAUGCCGUUCCCUUGGGUGAGGGGUUCCCAGAGGCCCCCUUGUUAGCCGAGGGUUUGUAUUUUUUUAAGUUUGUUCAUAUUUGUAUGUACAUAUCUAUUUAAAGCCAGGGGUUAUCUUUCUAUAAAUAUAUAACUGGCAACUUAAA